CCCCGUCCGGGCUAGUGGCGGCGGCGGCGGUGGCGGCGGCUCCACUCUCUCGUCGCCGCCAACAUGACGGACCGCUCCGCCUUCGACACCAAUGUCAUCACCAUGACCCGCUUCGUGAUGGAGGAAGGCAGGCGGGCGAAAGGCACCGGGGAGUUUACGCAGCUCCUCAACUCCCUCUGCACGGCCAUCAAAGCUAUCUCCACCGCCGUCCGGAAGGCGGGCAUCGCCAACCUCUAUGGAAUUGCUGGGUCUACCAAUGUGACAGGAGAUCAAGUAAAGAAGUUGGACAUCCUGUCCAAUGACCUGGUGAUUAACAUGCUCAAGUCAUCCUUCAGCACAUGUGUUAUCGUGUCAGAAGAAAAUAAAGAUGCUGUGAUAGUGGAAGCUGAAAAACAGGGCAAAUACAUAGUCUGCAUAGACCCUCUAGAUGGCUCAUCAAACAUUGACUGUCUUGUUUCCAUUGGGACCAUCUUUGCCAUCUAUAGAAAGAUGUCCCCUGAUGAACCUUCUGGUAAAGAUGCUUUACAACCUGGACGUAAUCUUGUGGCAGCAGGUUAUGCUCUCUAUGGGAGUGCCACAAUGUUGGUACUGGCCACUUCUGCUGGAGGUGUCAACUGUUUCAUGCUGGAUCCGGCAAUUGGAGAAUUCAUUUUGGUGGAUAGGGAUGUGAAAAUCAAAAAGAAGGGAAAUAUCUACAGUCUUAAUGAAGGCUAUGCUAAAUACUUCGAUUCUGCAGUCACAGAGUAUCUCAAAAAGAAGAAAUUCCCUGAGGAUGGCAGUUCACCAUAUGGUGGGAGGUACAUAGGAUCUAUGGUGGCUGAUGUACAUCGCACACUGGUGUAUGGAGGAAUCUUUCUGUAUCCUGCAAACUCCAAAAGUCCCAAAGGAAAGCUGAGACUGCUCUAUGAAUGCAAUCCUAUGGCUUUUGUUAUUGAGAAGGCUGGGGGAAUAGCAACAACUGGGCAACAAGCAAUACUAGAUAUAGUGCCUGAGGAUAUCCACCAAAGAGUGCCUAUUGUCUUGGGAUCUCCUGAUGAUGUGAAGGAGUACCUUGAAAUAGUCAAGAAGCAUUCAGCUAAGUAAAGAAAAUUUGCUGGUGUCACUGUGCCGAGGGGAAGAUAUGCCUUACAGCUGAACCAAAGAACACACUGCAGUACUGCAAGACUGAAUGGUCUGACCUCUGUAGCAACAUAGCCAUAUUUUCAAAAGAUUUUUUUUUUUAAGUGAAAUCUUGUGCAAUUGAAUUGUACAAUGAGAAGCAUUAAAAGAUUGUAUUAAAAAUAAAAGCAAGGGAAAAAUACAUUUGCUUUUUCAUUUAUCAUUUGUGAUUACACAAAAGCCACUGUUCUACCAGGACAUACUGUGUUAAAUAACUAGGGCAAGGUUCAGCUUUCUCAGACAAGCUACAGACUAGCACCAGAAUACCUGACUCUGUCCUCUUCUAAAAAUCUUGGGGGGAAGACUCCACAGCCUCUUACAGUGAGUGAACUUUCCUAGACCAGUCUUUAGUUCUUUGGCAAUAAAUACAAAUGCUAAUGUGUAUGCCUUCACACGUUGUUUCUGGGCCCCAGAAGUUAUUCACUGUACUUCAGUCUGGGCUUAUUCUGACCAAAAAUUAACAUUUGUGAA